UUGCCCCACAGUUUGAUGGACCGUCCACUGACCACAGGAGCCCGCUCUGCCAGCCGACACUCAGGGGUCAGUGAAGCAACCAAAUAACCUCCCUCGCAGCACCAGCAACACUGAGCAGCCUUAUUCCCCAACAACUCGAGCCCUGCAGUGGGCUCUCUCACUUGUUCUCCCUCCUCAGUGAACAUGGCGCUCUUUGGGAUCCUCCUGUAUUCAGUUGCACUGAUGCAGUGUUUUGCUCUGGCAGUGGACCCUGUUGCCCUUUCAGUGGACAUCCAGUGCCCAAUCGGCUGCGCCUGCCAGUCCUACCAUCACAUCAGCUGUGCCAACAUCAGUGACCUUCCCACCGAGCUGCCCAGUCUCACCACACAGUUGCAGCUCAGCUCCGGUCACCUGCCAGUGAUCUCAGCAGAUGCCUUCCUCAACCUGUCCGCUUUGACCACUCUCCACCUGAGCGGCAAUAACAUUCAGCAGGUCAUGCCAGGGGCCUUCAGCGGGCUCAGCCAAUUGCAGUUCCUCCAUCUUAACAACAACAGCAUCGAGGCUCUGGAGGUUGGAGUUUUUGAGAACGUAACCACUGUGACAUUCCUGCACCUGGAAAACAACCUCAUUGCCAACUUAAUACCAGGUGUUUUCUCCUCCUUGGCAAAAUUGAACGUUCUCGACCUCCGCAACAACUGCCUCACUACGCUCUUGGACCGGACCUUCCGGAGCCUUUCAGCCCUGCGCUGGCUAUUCCUCAGCAAUAACCACAUCACAGUCAUCGCCCCAAAGGCCUUUAGUGGCAACAAGGCCCUGAGGAAGCUUUACCUCGACGGCAACCAACUGACAGCCGUGCCAACCAAUGCCAUACGUUCCUUGAGGAGACUAAACAUCCUGCAGCUAAGCAACAACACCAUUCCCAGGCUGAGCGCAGACACUUUUGGCCAAAAGUUAAGAGACCUUCAGGAAGUCUAUCUGGACAACACGUUUUUGGAGGAGGCUCCCUCGCAGGCCUUUUCCAGGUUCCGGGCUUUGAAGAUCCUGAGCAUGAGGAGCAACCGGUUGGCAACCCUCAGCUUCGGCGAUGCCUUCCAGUCUGUCAAGCAGUUUGGACUGAGCGGGAACGCCUGGAGGUGUGACUGUGGCCUGAUCUGGCUCCGAGCUUGGCUUCUGAAGCAGGCUGCAACGGACCAGAAUGAGGUCAGGUGCAGUUCCCCCAGUGCCCAUAGGGGGAAACCUCUGGUCAAAGUGCAGCUGCAAUAUCUGACUUGUCCUCCUGAUGCCUCGACAACACCACCUCUGACUGCCAAGAGCCACAGUUCCACUCCCCAAAGUGCUGCUCAAGCCACCCCAGCAAAUGCGAUCGGCAGACAGGCAAGGACGAGAGCAAAGAAUUUGGAAAAUGUGAUCCCCACAAACCCUGACCCAUGUCUCUCCAAAAGGAUCAAAGAGGUCAUUGUGAGUGAAAUCACCACAAGCACUUUGCUGGUGAACUGGAAUGUUCUAGAAGAUCUGGGUGACGAAUACGAGAUUUGGUACAGCACCGAUGCAGAGAUGCAAAGCCUGCGGAUGAUUGGUGGGGUCAGAGAGGUGGAGCUGAGUGAGCUCAAUGCUGGAACCAUUUACAAAAUCUGUGUCAUCCCUCAGAGCAACAUGAUCACUAAAUGCAUUGGGCCUUCUGACGGUCAAUGCACAGUGGCACAUACCCUGGGGCGAGCAGGCAACACGGAGCCCAUACAGUCCGAGGGCAAAAAGGGACAGUACGCACUAGGGGCAGGGAUCACUGUGAUAGUGAUCCUAUUAAUUAUCAUUGCUUUAAUUGUUGCCUUCAAGCUCAAGUCAAGCCGCAUUGGCUUCCAAAGACACUUUGAUGAGGAUGUGUCCACGUAUAUCGAGCAUUUUGAAAUUGACCAAGGCAGGAUGGACUUUGACCAAAUUAACAGCGCUUAUGAAAACAUUGUUGACAAGGGAAGCGUGUAGAUCCCUUCAUGUAGUUCAACGUGCAAAGGUCAGGAUUGAGAAUCCACUGGAACUAGGCAGGGAACCACAUCUGGAUGCACUCCUCUAACCAACAACUCCAAGAAAUGGUGCUCUUGUGGCACUGAUGAUUCCAAAUAGGCAAUGGUUAACUCGUCCAAAUCUGAUAGGCCAAUGUCCUUUUGAAAGGAACCGUCUGCCAUCACUAAAAAGUAACCAUUUAAUCCUCAAUCUUACCCAAGCGAUUUAGAAAUUAACUUACACAUUGAUCCUUUCUGCAGGGGAAUCAUCAUUACUUUAGAGGGGGAAAGAGGUCAUUGCCGCUGUUAUUCUGAUGACACAGGUCAAUCAUUUGCCAAGGCAAAGAUCCUUCGAUCCAAUUUACUGCAGCAUCGUGCCGAGCACUUGAAAAAAGAUUUACAGUCCGACAUCUAUAUGUUUGGAAUUUCCUGGCCAAUAUUUAUCCCUUAGCCAUUAUUAACACAGAUUAUCCUGUCAUCAUCACAUUGCAGUUUAUGGGAGCUUGCUGUGCACAAAUUGGCCACUAACUAAGUUAGUGUUUCUAACUAAGUCACUAAUGACUCAAAAGCACGUCAUUGGCUGAAAUGCCUUUGGGGCAUCCGGUCGUCAUGAAUGACAUUACUGUACAGUAUUCCCAUUGUAGUAUUCCCAUUAUAAAGUUACAGUAUUCCCAUUGUAGUAUUCCCAUUAUAAAGUUACAGUAUUCCCAUUGUAGUAUUCCCAUUAUAAAGUUACAGUAUUCCCAUUGUAGUAUUCCCAUUAUAAAGUUAAAGUAUUUCCAUUGUCGAGCCAAUUUCUUCCUAAUGCUGCUAAUGAGCAUGUUAGAUUACACACUGAAACUGCUGGGCUCUCCUGCCACAUACUGUGGCUACACACAGGCAUGUUCACAGAAAUCAGACAUGCUGUUUGAAACUCCUGAGAAAACGGGUCUAGCAAGUCACCCUCUGAUGUAACAAACCUCAGCAAAAAAGAAAAAGGGGGACAAGAAUAGCACCAUUCCAAACACACUGCUGCAACCUUAAGGCAUUCAAUUCAGACACACCAAAGGCACAGCCAGUCCAGUCAACUCUGUAAAGCCCUUGCUAACAUCCAGGACAGAUGCCAAAGCUGCUCCGCAGUGAACAGCAUCCUGAGCAUAGACAUCCGCUAACGUUGUAGACUCCCUGGGUAUUCACUGCCUCACUGGUGGGUGGACCACCAGAGGUGAGGGCCUUCUGGUGUGAAGUCAGGCCCUGGGAAUACUGACUCUGGACCCUCAUCAAGUCUCAUUGGCUUUAGGACAAACAUAGACAAGGAAAUCUGCUGAUCAUUGUCUUCCAUCUUCCCUCAGCUUACGAGUUAGGAUUCCUUCAUGCUGACCAUCACUUGGGGGAGACACUGACAGUAGCAAGGGUGCAGGAUAUACUCUGCAUGGGGCACCAAGAUUGGUUCACACCACUGGCAAAGCUGGCCGCAUUCUCAGGGACCAAGUCACAGGACUGGGUUUACAGGAUGGUGAAUCAACACAAGGGACUAACCCAUUUGAUCUCGUCACUUGCCAAUCUAUUUGUCACAGAUGCAGCCGUCCAUGACAGUAUUGGUCGGAGUGAACACCACACAAUCGUUGUGGAAAAUGGCUCACCUAUUUCCUCUCAGGACAAAUCCAAUCAGGGGCAUCAACAGCCCCUGUACUUCACCAGUAACCUGCUCGCUGAAGCUCCGUUUGUGUUCCAUUAGGAUCAUUCAGCUCCCAAGCCCAUAGGGACUGGUGAUCUGGGGAUCCUCUUGGCUAGAAUGAGAAUCGACACAGGUAGCUUUUACAAUGUAGUAUAGCAGGCACUGACACUGCUGGCUGGAAGUGUUAAUUAGACUAUUACUAGUACAGUUAGCACAUUAACUUUACAAUCGAGCACAAUUCCCACAUGUUGAAAUUAAUGGACAAAGCUUAGAGAGGAUACAAAACUGACACCAACCUUAUAACGUUUUAAUUAGCGCUCCUCAGUGCGAGUGAGGGAACCACUUACAGAUACAACCAGAAAGAAGUUCCUAAAUUUUCCAGGGGCUGGUAUGUGACCCAGACAGGAGAGAGAAGCCCCAAGCAGAAAUCUGCAAAAGAGAUUCCCCUGAAUAAUGCAGAGGCCCCUCAACUUGCUUUUGGUUAUAUCCACCUUAGCUCCUGCUGGCACUGACUGGCUCACAGUAAGCACUGGCUUCUCUCCAAUACUUUUGGCCUUUAUUUAUGUGCAGUCUGUAGGGUUGCCAACCCUCCAGGAUUGACCCAGAUUCUCCAGGAAUCGAAGAUCAAUCUCCAGGGCACUGCUGUGUGCAAUCCUGGAGAACAAUCACCGGGACAUUAAAAAUGGUUUUUUUGGUCAUUUUCUUCGAACUUUUCUCUUUACCAGACAUAAAAAUAUUGAAAAUGGGGAGGGGUAGGGAUGGAAGGAAGGUUGUUUGGCUGACGUCCAAUUGGUAAAUGGGUCUUUUUGCUUUCCAAUUGUCGUAGGAAGGCAAUACGUCACAAGGAUCAAUUAAAGGCUGGAGCUUGGGGGAAAGUCAUAUGAUAGAACCUCCAGGAAUACAUUUAAUCACAGUUGGCAACCCUAGCAGUCUGCAGUAAUGAGUGCAGGGAAAUCCGUAAAAUAAGAAGCCUCAUCCGGGCAUCACUUGUCAGCCACGUAGCCAGCAAGGGGCCAUUGUAGAGCAACAGAGAGAGAACCUUGGCUUUCCCUAACUCUAGGGCACCCCAUACAACACCCAGGCUGUGACCAGCUCGCAACACCAUGGUCGAACCUUCCUGGUCUAUACUUCUUGAAGAUGGGACUUUACCUCAGUCCUCAAGGGAGUGAUGCCAUGUGGCUUAAACAUUCUACAACCUGUCUUAAUAAAUAUUCGAUAAACAGCACAUCUACAGCUAUAAACAUGGCUCCCUCUGCCACUGGGAUGCUAUACCUGCAGCGUGUCUUAUCUGCCGGCUGCAUUGCAGCAGCUCUUCUAGGCCUCUAUGAGGGCAGUUUUCAUCAUUCAUGGGAUGUGGCCAUCACUGGCUAGGCCCAACAUUUAUUGCCUAUCCCUAAUUUCCCUUGAGAAGAUGGUGGUGAGCUGCCUUCUUGACUAGAAUUGGGUGGCUUGUUAGGUGAUUUUAGAGUCAACCAGGUUGUGUGGGCCUGCUGUCAUAUAUAGGUCAAACCGGUGGCAGAUUUCUUUCCCUAAAGGGCAUUAAUGAACCAGAUGGGUUUUUUUUUUAAACAAUAAUCUAGUAUUCACACACUCAUCUUUACUGAUAAUAGCUUUAUAAUUCCAGACUUAUUUAAUUAACUGAACUUAACAAAUUUCUGUGGUGGGAUUUGAACUUACGGCCUCCGGCUUAUAGCCCAGUAACAUAACUGUUACGCUACUGUUCCCCUCCCAAAUCCAGAACAUCUACCACCCAAGACAAAGGCAGCAGGUGCAUGAGAAUAUCACCACCUCCAGGGCACACACAAUCCUGAUUUGGACAUGCGUCUCCGUCCCUUCAUGGAACUUAGUGAAAAGCAUCCAACGCCCUACCCACCAGGAAUCUGAGUGCCUUCAGCACAGAUCACCACCUUCGAGGGUAACUAGGGUGGACAAUUAGCUAGUGAUGCCCCCUAUCCAAAGAAUUAAUUUCUCACACAAGUAAGCAAAACCUCCUCAGGAAUCAGCUUUACUCCUUUUGUCACGUGAUCAUUGCAAUGCGCAGAUGAUGUGGCAGCCAAUAAUGAACCUAGUUCAAACAGCCCGACAAAUUGGUCCUGGGAACAGGAAGAGCCCACUAUAAUAUUAAUCAAGGACAUCUCUGGGGCAGACUUCAAGCAGAAAUGUUGCUGUAUAUUUUACAAACGAAACAGUGGUAAUGUAGCUUGUCGUGCAACAAGAACCUUUCAUAUGUUCCACAUCCCCUCACUACGGGGAGUUGCUCUUUCCUUGUAUUCCGAUUGCGAAUAAAUAUCGCUGUUGAUGAA